AUUUUUUUAUUUUUUGGGCAUGGUAUUCAUUGUGAUGGCCCAAUCCACUUGACAGGCCAGGCCCAGCCGUGGCCCAGCCCAUCUGGACCACAACACAGAGCAGCGGAAGACUACCGUUGCGUCCUCCUCUCCGACGGAGUACGGUCACCGGCAAAGUCGGAUUCCGGUCACCGGACCGCAGGUCCCUCUAUAAAUAAGUCCCCUGUUCUGUCGAAUAGUCUUCGAUCGCUAUUCCUUUUCUCUUCUUGCUCCCUCUUUUCUGCCUUCGAGUUCAAUGAUCUCUAGCACUAUGCCCGCCGGAAAUCAAGCCCGCAGCAGUCGCCGGAGCCGAUUGCAAACUCAUGCAAACAUGCACUUUGAAAAUGGGAAUGCUCAAACUUUCAAAAGGAUAAGGUUACGCCCUUCGGCUUUUGAAAGCAAUCGCUCUGUCCGGAAGUCUGAUUUUUCUCAUGAAGAAGUGCAAAGGCCUGAUAUAUCCACUCCUAGAUUGGGCCGUCGAAGGAAAUCUCGAGUAAAUUAUGAUAAGUUCCCACCUCAACAGAGCAAUCACCAGAUUGUGUCUUAUUCUGACGCACAUGAUAGUGGAACUUCAUCUCCACCGAGGCCUUCUUUUCGUAAUGGAACCAAAAGGGCAAGAUCUCCUGUACCUUCUGUUGAUGGUUUGGCAACAUCUUCUAUACAAUCUGAUUCUGAAAGGGAAAUGCAACCGAAGGCAAAGCGGUUGGCCCACUUCAAUGUUGAACUAAGCCAACCAAUUCCGAACCUGCAUGAUCUUGUUAAGCACGAACCUUCGGGAAAUAAGGAGAACCAAGCUUCUUUAGACAAAUGCAAUGCAGAUGAGCAUACUGAAUUAGCACGUGAUUUAUCUAGCGGUGACAAUUUGUUUGAUACUGAAGGCCCAGAAUCAUCUCAAGUUGUGGUUGGGCUUUGUCCAGAUAUGUGUCCAGAAUCUGAACGGAAGGAGCGUGAAACCAAAGGAGAUCUGGAUAGGUAUGAGCGCCUGAAUGGAAAAAGAAACCAAACUACCAAAUUUCUUGCUGUCAAAAAGUAUCAUAGGACAGCUGAGCGAGAAGCUGACUUGAUAAGGCCUAUGCCAGUCUUGCAGAAGACGGUUGAUCAUCUUCUGAGUUUGCUGGAUCAACCAUACAAUGACAACUUUUUGAGUAUGUACAACUUUUUGUGGGAUAGAAUGCGGGCGAUAAGGAUGGACCUCAGAAUGCAACAUAUUUUCAACCAACAGGCUAUCAUCAUGCUUGAGCAGAUGAUAAGACUCCACAUCAUUGCUAUGCAUGAGUUUUGUGAAUACAAGAAAGGCGAGGGCUUUUCAGAAGGAUUUGAUGCACACUUGAACAUCGAACAAAUGAGCAAGACAUCAGUUGAGUUGUUUCAAAUGUAUGAUGACCAGAGGAAGAAGGGAAUCAAUGUUCCAACAGAAAAGGAGUUUCGUGGUUAUUACGCACUUCUCAAGUUGGAUAAGCAUCCAGGAUACAAAGUGGGACCUGCAGAGCUCUCACUUGACCUUGCUAAGAUGACUCCAGAGAUUAGAUGCACUCCAGAAAUUUUAUUUGCUCGAGAAGUAGCAAGAGCAUGUAGAAUAGGUAAUUAUAUCGCCUUCUUUCGCCUUGCAAGAAAAGCAACUUACCUGCAGGCCUGCUUGAUGCAUGCUCACUUUGCCAAGAUAAGAACAAAGGCACUUGCUGCUUUGCACAGAGGUCUUCAGAAAAACCAUGGAAUUCCCAUUGCACAUGUUGUGGACUGGCUAGGCAUGGAGGAGGAGGAUGUUGAAGGUCUUCUGGAAUAUCAUGGGUUUGUUUCGAAAAAAUAUGAAGAGAUGUAUAUGGUGAAGGAAGGUCCAUUUCUUAAUGGUGACGUAGAUUUUCCAACCAAGUGUGCGAAACUUGUGCACCUCAAGAAGUCCAAGAGGAUUAUUGAUGAUGUUUAUUCUGAGGCUGUCACACAAGCUGAAGAUGAUUCUGUACAAAAUGAUGAGGAUGAACAAAUAACUGAAUUAAAUGGACAAACCUCCAUGGGUCAGGAAAUCUUGCCUCAAACGGAGACAACUAUAGUUCAAGCUGGAGCACCUGGAUUCUCAAACUCCAAGCUCAUAGUCGAGAAUACAGCCCCUCAGACAGAAGUAGGCAAAAGCCUAGAAAAUGAAGCAUCAAAAAUAAUUUUGUGUCCCAAGAAUGAAGUUGCCAGUGAAAAGCUGAAGUUGAUUGUAAGAAAAUGGAAGCAGAUAACAUCCUUGUGGAGGAAAAACAGGGAACAAAUUGAGUUCCUUGCAAGUUCAUUGAGUUCACUCUCCUUAGGACCACCAGAACAACAAAUUGAAGCAGUGAGACCACCAGAACAAAAAAUUGAUGAAGUAAGACCACCAGAACGACAAAUUGAAGAAGUAAGAACACCAGAAGGACAAAUUGAAGCUGCGAGGCCACCAGAACGACAAAUUGAAAAAAUAAGAUCGCCAGAACAAAAAAUUGAAGAAGUAAGACCACCAGAACGACAAAUUGAAGAAGUAAGACCACCAGAAGGACAAAUUGAAGCACGGAGACCACCAGAACAACAAAUUAAAAAACCACCAAGACAAGCCAGAAGCAAGCUCAACAUUGAUUACAUUGUGAGAGAGAGAUAUGCAAGACAUGAGAAAUCAUGGUCAACACUGAAUGUCUCAGACCUGGUUGCACCAAUUUUAAGUGCAAAAAAUCCCGUUGCCAGAUGCCUUUGCUGGAAGUUGCUUGUCUGUGUCCAAGGAACUGACACAAUGGGUCAAACCAAUCUUUUGGCUUCAAGAUGGUUGCUCUCAAAACUCAUGGGGUCUGGUAAAGAAAAUGAUGAACUGAUGGUUUCAUCUUCUCACUUAUCGAUAUGGAAGAAAUGGAUCAACAGAAAUAGUUCUUCCAGGAAAUGCGUCAACAGAAGUAAUUCUUCCAGGAAAUGGGUCAACAGAAAUAGUUCUUCUGAAGCCUGCUGUUUAUCUGUCAUUAGGGAGGCAAUGUUUGUCCAUAAGGAGCCAUUUGCUUAUGAUGAUAUUUUUGCUGGUGCAAGCUGCAUUAUGUUUCUGGUAUCAGAAAGCAUUCCAUGGGAAAUUCAAAGGGUUCGGCUUCAGAACCUUUUAAUGUCUGUACCUUCUGGAUCGAGCCUACCUCUUUUGAUAGUAGUUGAUCCUUUCACUUUCUAUAUUCUUCGCUUGAUGAACUUAGAUGCUGUGGAAUCACCGUUUACAGAGAGGGAAGAUGAACCUUUGGUUGACAUAUGUUGCUUUGAUAAGACAGGAACUCUCACAUCUGAUGACAUGGAGUUUCAAGGAGUUGCUGGUUUGGCUAAUAAUGCAAAUUUAGAAUCAAAUACAAACAAAUUGCCUGCACAAAUAGUUGAAGUUUUAGCAGCCAGCUAUGCAUUGGUAUUUGUAGAGAAUAGACUGGUUGGUGAUGCUCUUGAAAAGACUGCACUUAAAAGAAUAGCUUGGAUAUACACAUCUGAUGAGAAGGCAAUGCCCAAAAGGUCAGGUGGACAUGCUGUGCAUAUUAUACAGAGACACCAUUUUGCAUCUCACUUAAAAAGAAUGGCUGUUGUUGUUCACAUUUAG